CGGAAGCUGUGGAGACUUUUUUUCAUGAAACUUAGAAUACAAACUAUUAAAAUUGGUGGGCGGCUGAAAAGAAGGUAGCUUCCCGGUGAAAACUGGGAAAUGUGCCAUAAUAUGUGUUAACAUUUCACCAUCUGCUGACGGAAGACUUCAAGUUUAAACAAAGAUCAUUUUGACGCCUGCCUGUCACGUGAUAGUGUUGUCAUGACAGCGUUUUCUUGUUUGCAUACCGUUAAAGUUAUCUGCGUUUGCUGUGUGGUUACUGACUUUCUAAGAGGCUGUCUGACAUAUGACGAUGCCACCCAAGACUAAAAGUGUGUCACGAAGCAAGAAGGUGGGGAAGGGAAAGGCUUCUGGAGUUGUGGACGUACUUUCAACUCAAGAGAUGUCCAAGGAGCAGCUGGAGGAGCACAUCAUCCGGCUGCGAGAGGAGCUGGACAGGGAGAGGGAGGAGAGGAGCUUCUUCCAGCUGGAGAGGGACAAGAUCCAAAGUUUCUGGGAGGUGUGCAAGCGGAACCUGGAGGAAACCAAGGCCGACCUGAGGAACCGAAGCAGGGAGCAAGAAGAAGCUGAGGAGCGACACCGCGUGGAGAUCACCGUGUACAAGCAGAAGCUGAAGCACGUCCUGUCUGAGCAGCACUCUGCGGCAGUCGAGAUGAAGAUGGAAGGUGGCGUGUCGUCGUGGCUCACACGCAAGUGUCACACAGAGGCUGAGCUGCAUCUGCGCAGACAAAGCCAGAAUGUACAGACGGAUGCUCGGGAGAAGCAGCGGAACUCAUCCAGGAACAUCCAGGAACUCAAACUGAAACAUCAGGUGGAACUGAUGGAGCUCAGCAACAACUACAACAAGAGGCUCGCAGAAGUGGAAGUGAAGUACCACAGAAAGAUGGAGCAGAUGAGGCAGGUGGAGAGUGACAGGACACAAGUGGCCAUCAGCCAGCUGGAGGACAACAUGAGUCAACGCUUGAAGGUUCUGAUGGACCAACACAACAGAACCUUCAGAGGAGCUGAGGAGUUCUACUCUGCCACGCAGAGCAAACUACUCGCGGACCACAAAGUGCUGCAGGAGGACCUAGCACAGGCAAAGAAGCAGCAGGUCCGAGUGGACCGCAAACUUUCUGAAGCUCAGCAGCAGAACAAACAUCUGCAAGAGUCCCUGCAGGAGGCCCAACAGAAACUUCCAGAGCUCCGUGAGCAGCUGGAGGGACACAAGCGGGCCCGGUCUGAACAAGCGGCCUGCACCACCCGGGUGAAGCGUUUGGAGCAGCAGCUGUCAGACAUCCGCUUGGAGAGAGACAUGCUCCUGCAGGCCUUUACACAGGUGGAGGAGGAGCGUGACGCACUGCUCAAGAAGCAGACAGAGGUUCUUCUGGACGUGCAGCAGAGGAGUGGCCUCAAGGAGAUGCUUUUGGACCGCAAGCUGGCGUUUCUGACGGAUUCUGUCGACAAGAAGGAGGCCCAGCUCCUGGCCGCACUCUCCAGCGCCAACAUCGACCCCACGGCCACCGCCGCUGCCAACAUGAGACUUGAGGAGGUGCUCCAGGCCAAAAGAGUCACCAUUAAGAACCUUCAGGAAGACCUGGACCACCAGUGUCAGGAGUACAACAAGAUGGUUCAGAGAUGUCGAGAGCAACUUGAGACGUUGAGCGUUCCGUCAUAUGACUUCCCUCUCAGAUCCGCUGAGUUGAUCCUGAGUGGGCCGAACCAACCAGAACCCGCCCAUUGAUGGCCAUCACCAUCCAGACUGAACUCAGAAUGUUCUAGAGAUGGGUGCAGCCAGGAAUUUUGAGCUCCAUAACAAAAAAAAAACAAACUCACUUUACCUCCUCCUCCUUUGUAUUUUAUUUGAUUUUUUUUCCUAUUUUGCCAGGGGCCCUUGGAAUUGUACUUACUUUCUCCCCUUUACGGAGCCCCACGUUCCAGACGACACUGUAAAAAUGGAGUGCUCUCUAGCGGUGGCUCCUGUGUACUACUACUUUCACGUCAAGCCUUAGAUGGUAAACCCCAAAGUGCUUGUGGAGCAGCGUGAACGUUAAUAAAAUGUUCAUGUUGCAGGGUGGUGGUAUUUGCCUCAAUUAAAAAGUAGAAGACAAGAAUGAGGAAGUUGACUUUACUUUGCAUGAAUAUAAAAAAAGUUAACAUUUAAAAGUCUUUUCCAAGCAACGAGCUAGCAUGCAUGCAUGCAUGCCUUUUUUUUCUUCAACUUUAAUGCCUACAGGAGGCCAACGAAGCGGGCCAGCCAAGCUCACAGUAGCGCUAACUUCUCACUGGUGGACGCUGCCUCGGGUCAGCUGGUUCCAUGACGACUGCACUCAAACACGCCUUUCUUGAAGAAGGGGGACAACUCGCACACAGAAUGUUUGGAAAGGUGAAAGGUUCCGUCCGCCUCGGCACAGAGCGGCGAACCCGACGACGUCAGCAUAACGCGGAACAAACUCCUCAGGUGGUUCCUGCGUUCAGCAACCAUUCUUUCAUCUUUGUUUCCAAAUAAUUUCUUGGGAGGAAAUUCCAGAGCCGCCAACUGGAAUGAAAGCGUCCCAUAAUGGUGAGUAUGCUGCUGUGCCAUUGAAAGACAAGCGGCAGAGCUCACCUGAGGAUAUUUACAUCUCAAACUUUGGUGCAUUUCUCUGAAGCGACUGUAGCGUCUGAACACAGUCCACGUGUCUUCUUGCACACUCAUCUGUGGACACACAUUUCACCUGUGACCUCUGAGACAACAUGCUGUGUAAGUGUGAAGACGACUGACCUUGACCUCAAACUCGAAGUGCUCGUCCUUGCCUUGACCUCGAAGGACGUAACGAGGAAUGUUGAUGCGUAUCCACUCGGGCAAGCCAUCGGAACCGCCCCUGACAGGACAGCACGCUGGCCGUUGCUGGACAAGACGGGACAAAUGUGGACAGUGUUGACUCAACAGAACCACCAAAAAAAAUCUACUUUUGUUUGGUGAUGGGUACCAAAAUAACUGAUGUCUACCACCUUUUGGUACGCAAACAUAAUGCUGCUGGACUGGACCAGACAGGACCCAACCUGAAAGCAGCGAUCCAGUUUGAUCCCCUUCACCACUUGACGUGACAACAGGAACACCAUGAAAAUUGUGUAAAAUUUGGUACCAAAGUAAAGAAGUGCACCAUCUUCUUGCCUGAGGAAUUUAUUCUUGGUUAUAAUCAUUUUGAUUUGACAUUUUACAUUAUCUUUUAAAAGCACAUCAGAACCAGGUCUUGGUCCAACGUUUGGCCUUUCAGCUGCACAGGUGUUGAACUAGGAUGGCAACUUCUGGUAUGCAACCAAAAGAUAGCUUCCAGGAAUGGCUCUGAUGGGUUGACCCAUUUGGUGGAUUCUUGAAGACUAUCUGGACCAGCAGACACUCCUGUCUCCGCUUCAGGAGCACACAGCUGAUGUCCUUACGACGCCUCAGGUCCAGGAUCCGGAAAUGCGGUUGGACGGGAAGCAAAAUGGACCCGGGUAGUGCCGGGUGGAAGACGGCAUCCUCCUGGAGCAGAACCACGUGGGUAUCUGUUAGGAAGAACUGCAAGAUGGCGUCUGGGUCUGUGCAGGAGAUCCUGGUACUGGUAUAGAGCAGAGGUUGGAUGGCAGCCAGCGAGGGCUUGUCAGAACCGGCCAUGUUGCCAUGGACUACAUAGAGCAGGUCCGCCAGAACCCGCUUGAAUCUGGAGGUGAUGACGAGAUGGUCCAUAACAAUGUCAGGAACUCUGGCGGUCCAAUCCAGACACAAAACCAUGAGGUCAUUGUCCAACAAUGGGUGACCUUUGACCAACUCGGAGGACUUUUCUGGGGCAACAGCAUUCAGUACCACCCUGCAGAACUCCUGUGCGAGUUCCUUGCUGUGGGUGAAUACCACCAGGAGGACAUCAUUAGAACUGCCCAGCAAGUGCACGUGUUGUCCCGCCAGGCUGAUCUGGACCUUGUGGAUCUGGCAGAGACCCACAUGCUGGAAAACAGCUAAGGUGUCUUCAGAACCGGCUCCGCUUGAGACCACAGUUAAUGCCUUUUCUGACACAAGCAGGCAUGCUGCUUGAGGCAGUGGCUUCUCGGCGCUGGCCGUUCUCAGCCAGAAAACGCUCAGCAGCAGGCCGACCCGUGAGCACGGUGCCAGAGUCUCCAACGUUUCCAGCAUCUUGUGUGAGGGAGACGCUUGGAGGCGGUCCAAAGCUGGCGGCAUCAGAACCAGACUUUGAGAGAACACAUGAGGACCAAAGCUCUUCACACAAGACACAGAACCUUUGGCCAGAUUGGACCAGUCCACACUCAAAGGAAGAGCUCCAUCCUUUGCCACAUUCAACAAACUGACUUUGUGUCCCGUGUGGACAUGAGGCGGUUCUACUGCUGGAUCUGCAACAGGUUCUGCUGUGGGCUCCCUGAGAUGGAUCAGGGGAAAUUCUUUGGACAUUAGGGUCACAUAGUAAGACAACAAGUCCUUCACAUCUCGCACGCCAACACCGUGAAAGAUGUCACGCGUCACCUGCAGACCCAGACCGGCGGUUCUGUACACCUCAGACAACUUCACAGCAAAGUAGCCCAAACUGGACCUCUUUUUAGAUUCUAGGGGGACAGUUUGACCAUCAUAGGGUUCCUUUGAUUCAGAGUUCUGGUGAGAACAAGUUCUGGUUCCGUGGCCUGUCAGCUCUUCGGAAGAAGCCGGGUCACAUGCCAGUGACCGGACCCGCCUCUUAUCCACAUGCUCUGUCAUGUUUCUGUUUUCAUCCAUGUGAUCCCAACCGAAUCUGAACUCAAGCAUGGACGCUGGCUCUUCUUCCCAGGUCCCUGGUUCUGCCUGAGGGUUCUGCUGAGCUUCAGGAGGGUUUUGGUGGACGCUUGCGUCCGUCUGUGUACAAGAGGAGUGAUGACAUAAUCAUCAUCAUCAUCCAACAGCACCGCCCUUCAUGCAGCCAACAGAACCUUCAUUGGACCCAGUGGAGAUUGACACAUGCAAAUUAGUUUUGAUCGUCACGUGGGCUCGAGUGGACGGAACCAACAUGCGCUGACAUCAUAUGCUUCUGAUCAAGUUCUGGUUCCUGUUAGUCCAUUUUCAUUCCAGACUGGAAGGAUUCAUUUCAAUUAAAAGUGAAUACUUUGAGAUAAACAUCCACAGAACCAAGAUGGAGCCCGAUUGGACCUUGUAGACUGAUUGACAAUGAUUGACAGACAACACUUGGGUAGGUACGUGGUGAAGACUUACCUCGUAUUUGAACUUUAGUGGAUUGUUCUUAUUUGGCGGCUUGUCUUCCUGAAAGAACAACGCCGCACUUGAUUUGCUUAUAAGAGAUGACUCAUCACUUGACUAGCACCUGAGUCAUGUUUAACACAACAAAAAGAUGACUCAUCAUUGUCAUGCGACAUCCUCCUGGUGCUUUUGAACACCGCUUAAUACAAAAUGUAAAAUGUAAUGUCAUAUUCUACUCUUUUUCCUUUUUAAUUUGCAUGUCUUAAUCUUACUUUUUAAUUACAGUAUGUAUUUAAUUAUUCUAAGUAUUCGGGUAACAUGUACAUUGAAAGCUAAUUUAAACCAGUGUCAAAUUCCUUGUUUGUGUAAAGCAUACUUGGCCAAUCAAGCUGAUUCUAAUUCUGAUUUCACAAAGUCGGAGUUCCAGAAGGUGACGUGAUGCUGCAUCUCCUGGUCUUACCUCCUGUGUCGACGUGCUUGCUUGUUCCUCCUGCAGGGAGACAGAAGCAACAUGAUCGACUGAACCUUUUGGAGCAGCCAGAGCCAUAAACUGCACAGAAUCUGUAUACCCACCUGGAGCGGCUGGCAGGAGAGCGACAGACCAUUCAGGAGGUUCAUGUUGCGUAGCCUCCUCUGCACCUCCUCCUCGAUAUAGGCGUUAAUCCUGUUACAAAGACAACGUGAGUGAGGAGGACUGCCAGAGCUGUAUGGUGCCGUUCCGAUGGUUCAUACCGGUCGUCUGAGAGCGGCAGAAGUGUGUGCACGUGAGUCGUCCUGCUGUUCUCCUCUCUUUUGUAGCUCUCCUGCUCCUCCCUGUCAAACAAAUACCAUCGUCAUCAGGUGUUCCUAAUAAAGUGGUUGUGUGCUGGUGCGCUGACCUGUGUGCGACUUUCUCCUCCAUGGAGGCGCAGCGUCUGAGGGCCAAGUGCCUCCUCUUCAGACGGCCCACCGCCUCCUCCAAGGCCUCCUGCUGCUGCUUCUCUUUGGACUCCAGGAUCUCCUUCUCCUUGAGCCUCACCUUUUCUUCUUGACGAGCCACGUCAGCCGUGAAUUGGUAGGUCUCUUGGAGGUGCAAGAGGUGUUGAGCGCAGGCCCGGUGGCCCUCCAGCUUCUCCUCCUUCUCCUGCAGUUCCUUCUCCACCUGGUACAGGAGCUCCUGUGGGCCAGGAGGAUGCUCUAGCAGCUCCUCUGCUCGCUGUUUCUCCUCGGCCAGCGCGGGGAGGAGGUUCUGGGCCAGGUUCCUCAGCUGGCGCUCCUUGGAGUGCAGAUGCUGCUCCUCCUUCAGGUUAUGGGCCAGGGGGAUCAGAGAGGUGACCUCCUUCUCCAAAUGUUCCUUCUGCCGCUGAAGCGCCUCCUCCAUGCGGCCCAGCUCCUCCACCUGAGUUCCUUUGAAGUCUGUGUAGCGAUCACAAGCAUUCCUCGCCUCCUCAAUGGCUCCUCCCACCUCCCUGGCCCGCAGGAGCGCCUCCCUGAUGUCGGCCAGCGAUCGUUGCUCCUCCUCCAGGCGGCCUGCCUCCUCCUGGCUCUGCAGGGAGAGUGCGGCCUCCUCUUCAUCCCUUAGCUGUGCCUGCAGCCUCCCGACUAAGCUCAGCUGCUCCUUCUCCUGCUCCUCCAAACGCCUCC